AUGGUCCAGAAAUACAGAUUUAGGAGUUCCGAACACCGCCCAUCAGCCCUCGCCCCGCCCAGCCGAGCCUGGUUCCCCACGCGAGUUCUCCUUGCUCAGUGCCGACCUACUCAACCCGACCGCAACAGCACGCAGUGGGGAGACCCCACGGGUCCGCGGAGAUUCGGCCUCCUCGGCUCUGGGCGAGGGGACCACACAGAGCGUAGGCCAUCUCCGCCCGUGUCCCCGUCUCAGCGGAGGAAUGGACAGGAGACGCACGCGACGUUCACGGCGCGGCGCGGCGGGGCGGGGCCCGACGAGCAGGCUGACCCGCCCGCCCCGGUUCCGCGCGACGCUGGGGCCGGCGCCGGCGCCCGCCCUCUGGAAGGCGGGAGCCGCGGAGGACGCGGUGGCGCCCGCGCCUCACCCCGUCCGCAGUCAGGCCAGACCGGGCGGCGCCUGCGGAGGGCUCUCUGGGCCCAGCCGGCCGGAGCCGCGCUGAGAAGAGAGGAGCGGGCGGCCAUGGAGUCCCGCUACAACCUGAAGAGCCCGGCUGUUAAACGAUUAAUGAAAGAAGCAGCAGAAUUGAAAGAUCCAACUGAUCAUUACCAUGCACAGCCUUUGGAGGAUAAUCUUUUUGAGUGGCAUUUCACAGUUAGAGGGCCCCCAGAUUCUGAUUUUGAUGGAGGAGUUUAUCAUGGACGAAUAGUACUACCACCAGAAUAUCCUAUGAAACCACCAAGUAUUAUUCUCCUAACGGCUAAUGGACGAUUUGAAGUGGGCAAGAAAAUCUGUUUGAGCAUCUCAGGACAUCAUCCUGAAACUUGGCAGCCUUCAUGGAGUAUAAGGACAGCAUUACUAGCCAUCAUUGGGUUUAUGCCAACAAAAGGAGAGGGAGCCAUAGGUUCUCUAGAUUACACACCUGAGGAAAGAAGAGCACUUGCCAAAAAAUCACAAGAUUUCUGUUGUGAAGGAUGUGGCUCUACCAUGAAGAAUGUCCUGUUGCCUUUAAAAUCUGGGAGUGAUUCAAGCCAGGCUGACCAAGAAGCCAAGGAACUGGCUAGACAAAUUAGUUUUAAGGCAGAAAUCAAUUCAUCUGGAAAGACUAUUGCUGAGUCAGACUUAAACCACUCUUUUUCACUAAAUGAUGAUAUACCUACAACAUUCCAGGGUGCUACAGCAAGCACAUCGAGUCUGUCUGCAGCUUCAUUGCAACAACCUACUCAACAUGUGGCUAAGAAUACUUCCAUGAGCCCUCGACAGCGCCGGGCCCAGCAGCAAAGUCAAAGAAGGUUGUCUACUUCCCCUGAAGUAAUCCAGGGUCAGCAGCCAAGAGACAACCAUAUGGAUCAUGGAGGGUCAGCUGUUCUGAUUGUCAUCCUGACUCUGGCAUUGGCAGCUCUUAUAUUCCGGCGAAUAUAUCUGGCAAAUGAGUACAUAUUUGACUUUGAGUUGUAAUGCUGUUUUGUGACUUAAGAGCUAUGACUCAAUUGCUUCAUUAAACAUUCUGCAUUGGAUAUAAUCUGA